UCAUGUUUUUGUUUUGUUUUUUAUAAUUCUCUCUUUUUGUUGUGCUGAGCAAUAACAAGGGUACCAUAUCAUACAAUGUAAAUUCAGUAUUAAGGAUCAUGUUUAGCAGACAAUGUAGCUAUAAGGAAACAGCAUUAAUAAAUCCAGACAAAAUUAACACAGUUCUAGACAUGAGAACAAGACACAAAUCGGUUAACAGAACGUAUGCACUGAGAAUGAAUGCUAAUUAUGUAAUUUUAUAACAUGUCAGGAAGCUUAGUCAAAGAGUAAGACACCCAGGAGGCCCCCAUUUAAGCAUCAAGUGUAUGCCCUGCAUGUAGAUAAAGAGAAAUAAAGCAGUAGCUCAGUGGGUAGUAACACCAGCACUAGGAAAGAUGGAGAGUGUCCCAUGCUUUUUAAUGAUAGCAGUUGAGGCUUGUGGUUUCUCACAGAGUCCACUUUCAUGUGGGUUCCGGACAAUAAAGGGUUUCCCGCCUUCCGCUCAGCCUUGCACCCCGAAAUCCUCAGGUACGCUGCUAGAUGUUUCACUCGGCGCCAUGGGUCCCAGCCAAACUCCCACCACCGCCCAAGAGGACUCGAAAGGUCCAUUCAGUUGACACAUGGCUGCAGGACAUCUUCUGCAGGGAUCGAGGGAGCACACUGCACCCACCAUCUUGAAUGUUUAGGCAUGAGUGUUGCCUAUGGAGCAGUAGCGCCGUGUGCCCUCAGCCUGUUGUGGGGACCUCCAAAGAGUAGACCGGCAUUACCACCCCCUGGUCCAGAGGAGGGGAAACUGGGCCCCAAACAGCCGCUGGAUCGGGAGCGGCGAUCAGCCGCCAAGCCAGCUCUCUGUCAGCGUGGUCACCCAGAGACAUCGGACAUGCUUAAGUUAGGGACAUCCCCACUCGAUCCAGCGGAACCGUAAGGUUAAUUAGGGUAAUCAGUAGUGGUUAUAGACAGCAGUAUCAGUGCUAAAGAGCAGUGUAAUUGACGGAGCUCACUUGAGAUGCGUCCGUCCGGCAUUGGCCGCUAGGCCCCAACCCCAGCCUAAUUCAGUUUUAAAGUCAUGUCAACUAAAUUUUCCUGGAAAUGAAGAGACAGAAGAAAAGAGGGCAUAUUUAGACACUCAAAUUGAGGAUAUAUAUUGCAUAGCCAUUCUGGUUUUAAAAUUUCUCUUAAUCCUACAUGUCAUUGGAUACAAAUAUCAAACUUUUAUGCUGGCAAUCUUUGGACCCAUAACUAGUCUUGCUAUUUAAAGCUAAUAUUGGACAAUCUUCUCUGCAUCCAUUUUUUAGUGCACCAUAUGUGAAGAUCUUAAUUUAAUAUCUUAAUACCAGAAAAUAGAACACUCUUACAAUUGUGUCUUGGCCAUAACCUACUACUUAUGUCUUCAGGAGAACAUUAUUUUCUUGCAAGAAGUCUAUUUUAGUAUAACAAAGUUCCAAAAACAGUAUCCUCAAAAUGUAGGGGAUGUCAAUUUUGAAAUUAGGAAGAAGUUCAGUAAAGCAAAACAAAUUACCAGUGGCUUCUUAAGGACACUGAAGAAUUUUCCUUUGCAAUGUGUAUGCACUUAUUAUUAUAUUAUUUAUAUAGCGACAACAAAUUCCGUAGCGCUGUACAGUGGGUGGACAAACAGACAUGUAGUUGUAACUAGACAAGUUGGACACACAGGAACAGAGGGGUUGAGGGCCCUGCUCAAUGAGCUUACAUGCUAGAAGGAGUGGGGUAAAGUGACACAAAAGGUAAGGAUAGUAUUAAACUAAUGACAGUUCAAGAGAGGAAGCAGUUUAAUUGAUACGCUUUUAUGAAGAAGUGGGUUUUUAAUGAUUUUUUUGAAGGAGUGUAAGUUCCACAGGAAUGGUGCAGCCCUGGAGAAGUCUUGAAGGCGAGCAUCAGAGGUGGGAAUACAGACAGAAGAUAGACGCAAGUCUUCAGCAGAUCGUAAGGGCCUAGACUGGACAUAAUUGUGUAUUAGUGAGGAUAUAUAGAUGGGAGCAGCAUUAUGUAGAGAUUUGAAAGCAAGAACCAGAAUUUUAAAUUGAGCUCUAUCUUACAGGAAGCCAAUGUAGGGACUGACAGAAAGGUGACGCGUGGGAGGUGCGGGCGCACAGGAAGAUGAGCCUUGCUGCCGCAUUCAUUAUGGACUGUAACUGCACAAUUUGGGAGCACGUAAAACCACUGAGAAGCAGAUUGCAGUAGUCAAGGCGAGAAAGGACAAUGGAAUGGACCAGCACCUUAGUUGCAUCUGGCAUUAAGUAGGGUUGGAUGCGCGCAAUGUUUUUGAGAUGGAAACGACAGGAUUUGGCAAUAGACUGAACAUGAGGCGUGAAGGAGAGGUCGGAGUCAAAGAGAACACCUAGGCAGGGAGCCUGUGUGGUGGAGCUGAUGGUAGCACCGUUGACUUGGAGGGAGGGAGACACAGGAGUAGCAAGACUUGAGGGAGGAAAGACCAGGAUUUCAGUUUUGGCCAAGUUGAGUUUAAGGAAGUGGGCAGCCAUCCAGUUAGAAAUAGCAGAGAGGCAGUCAGAGAUACUAAUCAAGAGAGACGGGGAGAGAUCAGGAGAGGACAGGUAGAUGCACUUAGAAGCUUCCUAACAUCAUGAUCUAUAUAUUACAGGAAUCAUGGAAACUUUAACACAUUUCAAUGCAUAAUUGUUGAUAAGCAUAAUUGUUGAUAAGCAAAGGUUUGC